UGCGGGAAGUACUUUCGCUUUGCUUGGAUCUGUUGGUACUGGUGCUGUUUUGACAGCAGCAAUCGAUUGUUUCCCUUCCUCAAAGCUUUUUUCUUUAAUGUGUACACGUUUAUUUUACCUAAGGUUUAUACGCGUCUUUACAAAAUACUGGACAGUUUGUAUGUAUAAUGUCGAACUGUUUGCUGAUGAAAGAAAGCCCUAUGAUAAUUUCGCUUAAUAAAGAGAAUACAGUCUACGAUGGGUUCAUUACAGCGCUGGAAAAAGACUUUAGGAUAAGAAUAACUUUACCCCCCGACCAUCAGAUGAAACAGGCAACAUUGCACUGUUGUUGGCAAAUGAAACGACUACUUCAUGGUUAUCAAGAUAUUGUGAAACAGAGAUUACAGCAUUCAACAAAUUUGAUGGGUUUUAUCCUGGAACUCAGGACUGUACUGGAAGUGGCGUUGAAGAGCCAACCAGGAUGCCAGUCCUUUUCGCCACCUCAGUAUUAUUCCCAGCUGAUAACAGAGAUGGAGAUCUUAGGAUGGGAUAAGCUGCUCUUCAUCGAUGCAGAGUUUUGCACGCUCAAGCUGAAGGCAGAGGACUCUGCUGGACGUCAACACGCUAUUACAAUCAAACUCAAGUCCAAGUAUCCAGCUGAGGCCCCAGAAUUCUCUGCAGAUCUUCCUGUUCCGUUGACCAUCACAUGGACCGCACAGAGCACAUUGGCGCAUGUCCACAGUCAGUUCCUGCUAAAUGUGGAGGCUCUGUCCGAGUUCUGGUCGGUCAUGGAUGAAAUAGACGAGCAGACAUGGGUGUUGGAACCAGAAAAACCCACUAAAGCAGAUUCGAUGAGAAGAAUCGCUGUAGGAAACAACGUCUCAAUAAAGGUACAAAUUGACCCCAGACACCCCAAAAUGCUGCCGGAAUGUUGCCUGCUCGGGGCUGAGCAUGUGGUCACUCCUUUAAGGAAUAAGUUGAAUGCCAAUAUGCAUUUAUGGAACCCUGACUGCAGUGUCCUACAGAAUAUGAAGGAUGUGUUGGAGAUAGAAUUUCCAUCGCCUACCACCCACGAAAAAUCUAGUUUCAGUGUGGAAUGUGGUAUCUGCUACUCUUAUCGUCUGGAAUCAGCCAUUCCAGAUCAGGUCUGCAAUGACCCACGCUGUGGUCAGCCAUUUCAUCAGGUCUGUCUUUAUGAGUGGUUGAGAGGUCUGCCCACCAGUCGCCAAAGCUUCAAUGUCGUAUUUGGAGAAUGUCCUUACUGUAGCAAGCCCAUUACUGUGAAAAUUGUCACACAAAACUCAUAACCACAGUCAUGUGGUACAACAGCUCCAGUCUCAUGAUCGGAGAACUGAACACAUUGAAGUCAUUGGAACAGUCCGA